GAAAACCAGAAUAAAUAGCAAGUGAUAUCCCUGUAUCAUCACAGUAAUAAAAGGAGCAUCAGAAAAAGAAAAAACCCUGAGAAGAACAUGAGCAACAAUCCAGUUGUGCUGGUGGUACCUUAUCCAGCACAAGGACAUGUGAAUCCUUUGAUGAUCCUGUCACAGAAGUUGGUCGAGAAUGGUUGUAGAGUGGUUUUUGUGAACACAGAAUUCGACCACAAGCGAGUGGUGAGUUCGUUUGGAGAGAAACAACAACAUAGUACGAACCAGGCGAUGAAGUUGGUUUCAAUUCCUGAUGGGUUAGGAGCUGAUGAUGACAGAAACGAUCUGAGCAAGCUAUCUGAUGGUCUGCAGAACUCCAUGCCAAAAGCACUUGAGAAGCUGAUAGAAGAUAUGAACUUGAAAGGUGAUAACAGAAUCAGCUUCAUUAUUGCAGAUUUGUGCAUGGCUUGGGCGUUGGAUGUUGGAAGAAAAUUUGGGAUCAAAGGUGCAAUAGUAUGGCCUGCAUCAGCUGCUAUCUUUGCCCUGUUGUGGAGUCUUCCCUCUCUGAUUCAUGGUGGGACCAUAGAUUCUGAUGGAGAAAGAUUAACAACGAAAGAGACAAUUCAAAUUUCACCAAGUAUGGUCGAGAUGAACACAAGAGACUUAUUUUGGCUCAACAUGGGAGACAAAAUAAAUGCACAAGGGCAUGUGAACCCCAUGAUGACAUUCUCACAGAAGCUGGUUGAGAAUGGAUGCAAAGUAAUUUUUGUUAACACAGACUUUAACCACAGGAGAGUGGUGAAUUCUAUGGAGCAAAAAGAUGGUUCAAGCCCUGAUGAAGAAUCACUGCUGAAGUUGGUAUCAAUCCCUGAUGGUUUAGGACCUGAUGAUGACAGAAACGAUCAGGCCAAGCUGUGUGAAGCCAUUCCAAAAACCAUGCCAGAAGCACUUGAGAAACUCAUAGAGGAUAUUCAUUCGAAAGGUGAGAAUAAAAUCAACUUCAUUGUUGCAGAUGUGUGCAUGGCUUGGGCUUUGGAUGUUGGGAGGAAAAUCGGAAUCAAAGGAGCUGUGUUGUGUCCAGCAUCAGCAGCUAUUUUCACCUUGCUGCACAGCGUUCCUAUGCUUAUUCAUGAUGGCAUUGUAGACUCUGAUUUAGGUUUAACAUCAACGACAGAAAAGAGAAUCCGGAUUUCGCCAAGUAUGCCUGAGAUGGACACAGAAGACUUUUUCUGGUUGAAUAUGGGUGAGCCAACUACAGGUAAAAAAGUGCUUAAGUAUUUGCUGCAUUGUGCAGAAAAUUUUCAUUUGACAGAAUGGUGGCUUUGCAACACCACACCUGAACUUGAACCUGGGACAUUAUCGUAUCUUCCGAAGAUCCUUCCAAUUGGGCCAUUGUUAAGAAGCAAUGAUAAUGAUAAUAAGAAAAGUGCAACUACAAAAUCAAUGGGACAAUUCUGGGAAGAAGAUCAAUCUUGCAUGAGUUGGUUAGAUGAACAAGCUCAUGGUUCUGUGUUGUAUGUUGCAUUUGGAAGUUUCACUCUUUUUGACCAAAACCAAUUCAAUGAACUUGCCCUAGGACUAGACCUCACCAACAGACCUUUUCUUUGGGUUAUAAGAGAAGACAAUAGAAUGGCAUACCCUCAUGAAUUCAAAGGGCAGAAAGGUAAGAUAGUGAGCUGGGCACCUCAACAAAAGGUUUUAAGCCACCCUGCCAUAGCAUGUUUUGUGACUCAUUGUGGCUGGAACUCUACCAUGGAAGGUUUGUCCAAUGGGGUACCUUUCUUGUGUUGGCCAUACUUUGGAGACCAACUUUCCAACAGAACACAUAUUUGUGAUGAGUUGAUGGUUGGUUUGGGGAUUGACAAAGAUCAAAAUGGAGUUGUGUCACGAGAGGAGUUGAAAACCAAAGUGGAACAAUUAUUUAAUGAUGACAACAUAAAACCUAGGUCUGUGGAGUUGAAGGAGAAAGUGUUGAACAACAUAGCAAAAGGAGGAACAUCUUAUGAGAAUCUUAACAUGUUUGUGAAGAUGAUAAAAGAAUAAGAGUUGACAUUUUGUGAAUAUGUUAACUCUAGAUUUGUAUUAGUUUGUUUUAUACCAUGUAUUUGAUAUGUAGUUAUCUUUAUUUGCUAAUGAAUUGUUUCGCU